GGUUAUUUCACUUCUUUAAUAUUUAUGUUAUGGAUUGGUAUCGGUGCGUACCUUAACGGUGUGUCAACGCAACUAUCAAGUACGUUUGUCAACGGAUGCACCUGGGACAUAAUUGGUGCCAAUAAAACAGGACUGCACACUGCUCACAACUUCACCAACGAUGAUGGCCAUGCUGAUGAAGAAGUAGCACCAAAGGGCUACUUAUCAAUUUAUGAUUUGUCAUACAUCUACUACUCUGCCACGGGUACGAUUGUCGUGGUCUUCGUUGGGAUCGUUGUGAGUCUCCUUUCACGGCGGUUUUCUCCCGAAACGCCAGCACCUUCCCAGUACAGCCGAUCAAUUCUAGACGAACUAUGCCAAUGUCUGCCUGAGAAGGUUCUGAAGGUGCUUCGCUGCAAUACACGACCAGAACAGCAGUACCAGUCGACGAAUGAAGAGAUCCCAUUUGAUGUUACAGCCAGAGAUAUCUAGCCAUGCUGCUGUGUAAUAUGGUAUCAAAUAUCUUUGGUUCUCAUUUCUUGGUUCGAGGACAAUCUUGAUAUAUAAAAAAAGCAUAGCAUAAUGUGCAGAAUGGGUAUACAUCAUACAUGAGCGAUCGAUUAAGGAUUACAGGAUCCAGUAGUUACAGAAAUGGUUGUACUAAGGAUGAGAUAUGGCGAGAGCAUUCAAUAGAUUGGCUGGAUAAGUACGACCAGCGUGUGUCUAUGUAUCAUUGUCAAGGAUGUGUAAUUUGAGCUGGUAGUGUUUUGUCGCCUUUGAUUAACUGAUUUGAGAAUAUGCAUUUUGUUUUCACACAAAGAGUUGUCUAAUGUUUAAGAUAAUAGAAAAGUCGCAUCACAUGUUAUAUAAUAAAUCGAUACAAUUGGAGUUGGUUAGAGGUGAACAUUCUUGUCCGGUUGGUUUGAGUGAGUGAGUAUGGUUUUACGCCGCUUUAGCAAUAUUCCAGCAAUAUCACGGCGGGGGACACCAGAAAUGGGCUUCACACAUUGUACCCGUGUCGGGAUUCGAACCCUGGUCUUCGGCGUGACGAGCGAACGGUUUAACCACUAGGCUACCCGACCGCCCCUUCCGGUUGGUUUGAGCAGAUGUAGCGAGCUGGUGUUCGUGGUCAUUGAUCAUGAAGAGCCCCCAAAAGAUGAUGCAGGCGAGGAAGCUUCGAUGUCACCAGGGGUUUACGUGCAGGAUUGGUGGGGAUGAUACAGGCAUUUAUCGGAAAGAAGCUGCUGAAGUUUCUUUUCUUAGAUUUAAACUUCCAAAAGAAAUUAAUAUAGCGUAAACAAUAACGAAACUCGGUUAGCAACUGUGAACAUAACUACUAUUAUAGAUACACACUUUGGAAUUUUCUGAUAGGGUCUGACUGUCUGUAUGUAGUUUAACUGUGGUAUGAUGGUUCACCACCCUCUUUUUAUAGUAUAACAUUGUAUUCUUUUACCAUAGGACAUACUCAUCAGAUUGUGUGUUUAUUUAUUUGUUUGUUUGUUAUUUAACAUCGCACUCCAGCUAUAUGACGGUCCACGUCAUUGGUCACCUAAUACGACAAGCAUAGUCGCCUUUUAUGGCAAG